AUUGUCUCACACUGAUUCCCUACUUCCCGGAACCGUCAUAUUAAUCCAAGAUCUGACGAUACGAACCCCUCAUGGCUAAAUUUUCUUUGCAGAACUGUCAUUGAGUGAUUAACUCCAUUUCAGUCUGCAUUGUCCCAUUCCCACUGGCUACGCAGCACCACCUCUUGGCGACUCUGGUGAAGCCUUCAUAUUAUCCUAACCUUGAGCGCUUGUCUCGCAUCUCCACAUCCCUGAUUCGAAAAUGCCAUAUAUUCCUCCAUUGAAACAAUCCCCAUGCUCGUCGCCAUCAGAGAAGGUCCAUUUUGAUCUACCGUGGCGGUUGCGCACGAAACCCGCGGACCUCGAUGCUCCCCUUCCCAAAUCUGAGGAUGCCGCCGUCGUUAGCGAAUCCGAAGAUGAGACAGAGAACGGCCAACCCAGAAAACCACGCAUAAUACGCAAACUGUCUGGCGAAUUAGUCCGCCCAAUCCUACGCCCACCAUCUUAUAGGCGUCCUGCCAGCGUGCCAACCAGUCCCACCGCCACAAAGUCUGUUAACUUCCACAGCCACUUGGAAGAGACUCUCGAUUUUUUCCGACUGGACUGUCCCAUGUCUAUCAGCGCUGGAUCGCAAUCCAGUCAUGCCAAUAAGACCAACACGGAAUAUCCCACGUUCCGACACGAUGUGGCGUGCCAAUGGGAGAUGGUUACGCCCAACUUCCCGCACCAGACGAGAUCUCACGAGUCCCGAUUUGUGUGUCUCAAGAACCUGCAGUUGUUAGACGACCAAAAGUCUUUUCUAGGUGUGGUUGCUGUGAGAAACGCGGCAUUCCACAAGUCAGUUACAUGCCGUUUCACGUUUGAUAACUGGAAGACGAUCUCCAACGUUGACGCAGCAUAUAGCGAUAGAGUGGUACUCGAAAAAGCUCCUUCUGGCCACGACUUUUUCGUCUUUACCAUCCAGCUAUCCGACAUCCUCCAUCUUGAAUCCAAGACUGCCCACUUGUGCGUCCGCUAUAUAGUGAACGGUCAAGAAUAUUGGGAUAACAACUCCGGCUGCAACUUUCAGGUCUGCUUCUUCAAGAAGGCUGACUACGACCCCGAGGUCGUCAAGGAGGCAGUCAACUUCUUCAGACUUGAUGCACAAGAGCGGGCGACAGGAAAAAGAGCUUUAGUCUAUGAGGUCGACGGGAUUGACAUUAUAUCUGAAGAUACUAUUAAUGUCAGUCAGGGCGAGUUCCUGGUCCCAAAAAGCGAAACAGACAGCUAAAAAAAAAUGAGGUUGUGGUCACUUAUACACAUUUUCGCUUUCCUGUUCUGGAACCACCGAUGCCUUCAAAACCUUGUAACCGUCAUAAGAAAGAUAUAUCGCUGUCAUCCAUUUUUUUGGUGCGUAUGCAGGUACCGCGAUUUGUUGAGUCAACGACUUUUUGCUUGGUGUUGGAUCCGUUACGGUCAAUUCGAUCAAAUGGAUAGGGAUCAAUACAGUGAUGAUGAUG